AUGCCACUCGCCGACAAGGAAGCAGAGUUUGAAGAUCUUUGGGAGCAGAUGGAGGAGCUCACAGAGUCUGGUGACAAGGCAGACAAGAAACUGGCUCGCGCCAUUGCAAAACAUCUUGUAAGCUACGCCGGAUUGCCACGUUCUUACGGCAUCCGCGCUCACAUGGCGCUGGCCUCGCUUGUGUAUGCUCGAGACGUUCUUCGCGAUGCUGAGCAGAACAACGCAAAAAUCCAUGUCAUGAUCCCAUCUAAGCUGCAGGCAGAGCUCCAAAUCAUCAGAGAAGCGUACAAGAGCAAGGAAACAGAAGCGAUGAUUGUCAUCGACGAAGACGAAGCCGCCGAGGAUACCUCAGAAUCUCCACGUACAACAACGGCUCAGCUCGGGCUCGGAACCCAGGAAGAGCCUAUUGAUCUGACCCUCGAGUACGACUCUACACCUUUCGAAAACACUUGCGGCAGAUCUCUUGGCGAUCCCGCUUGUGAUCAAGUCGAAACGAAAGCCCGCUCGGGACUCUCCCUCUGGCCAAGAUCUAAGUAUUCAUACGCCCGCCCAGAGUACAUAUCGUCUAAAUAA